CUCAGUGCCAGUGCAAGUACUAAUCUGCACAUCGUAAACAUGAGCGGUGACGGUGUACAAAGUAAGUCAUUAGAUCCACACAAUUUAAAUUUGGACGAUCUGAGAAGAAUUACUCAGGCCCUACAACAUCAAGAACUGAAGGGAAAAAAUAACAGAUCUAUGAAUGAAGUUAAAGAAACUACAAGAAUUCUAAGUGAAUCGGAAAAGAAAAUGAGAAGAAAAGAAAAAACCCGUGCAGAGAAUUCUCAGAUCGCUCUCAGACGCGCUGAAGCAAGGAUCGCAAUUUUGAACAAGAAGCUUGGCAUUGGCCCUCAAACGGCUUUUGAAAUUGAUGUCGUUAACCCGAGGGUUUCACAAAAAGAUUAUGAUUCGCUUACCAUCGAAUAUAUAAAGUUAAAGGAAGCCCUCGAACAUAUCGUACCGACAGAAUUGGGCGGCAAAGAUGUAGUUUUGAAAAACCAGGAACUGUAUGAGAUGGUAACAAAACUUCAAGAGGAGAUUACAGCAUGUAAUAACCAUAUCCGAGAGUUGGAGGCAACGUUGGCAGGUAAUGACAAUGAGCUGGCUUUGAAGGUUAGUGAUCAGACGAAGAAAAUCAUGAAACUGGAAAGAUCUAUGAUUGCGAAGGAGAUUUUCUCAGAAAAAUUGAUGAAAGAAAACAAGAAUCUGCUGAAUCAUUUGGAGAAAAUGAAAAAUCAAGAGUUCAUGAAAGAGCAAGAUGUUCCUGAUGGACAAGCAUCUGGAAAUAAAAUGAAUGCAAAAGAAGAGCAGGAGAAAAUGUUGGCAUUACUCGAGGAGAAGGAGAAAAUGAUCUCUGAGUCUGGGACAAAAAUCCAGGAAUUAGUGGCAGAGAUUGAUAACUUGGUUAAGCAAGUACAAGAGUUAACCAUUGGACUUGGACAGGCUAACGAAGUCAAAACAAAGCUCGAGUCAGAUAUAAGUGAGACCACGAAGAAAUGCUCAGAUUAUCAAACAAAGUGCAACAAUUUCUUCAAGCAAGUUCUCAGUUUGAACAGAAAACAACAAGAUUAUGAAGAGGAGAUUUCUGAGCUCAAGCAGGAAGUUGAGAGUUUGCGGGCACAAGUCGCAGAGAAGGACGCCAUGAUGCUUAUGAUGAGAAAGAGUUUAAAACCCUACGAAGCUGGUUUCAAGAGUGAAAACGAAGAAAAGGCAAAGAUCCAGAAACGACUGAACGAAUCAAACCAAGAAAGCGAACGUCUCAGACGUGAAAAUCAAUCACACAUGGCGACUGUACGACAUUUUGAAAGUGAAAUUGAAAGAAUGAACAAACUUUUGAAUGAGAAAAACAAGAGCAACUCCAGCAUUGGUCUUCCAUUCGGUCCACUGUUUGGAUCAAGUGCACCUCGGAGUUUCUUCCACGACUCUACGAAAGAAAACUCGGAAUUACUGAUAAAAUUAGAGAAAAUCGAGGCAGAAAAGGAAAAAGAAGUCCAAGAGUUAAAGAAUAAGUUGGCGAAAAUGAGUAAUCUUGAAACAAAGUGCAAUCGUUUCUACGUGCAAAUCUCAGGUUUAAACAAGGAAAUACAAGAUUGUAAGGAGGAGAUUUCUGUCCUGAAGCAUAAAAAUGAGGAUCUCUGCGCGGAACUUACCGAGGCAUGGGCGAUUGUGGACAUGAUGAGAGGGAUUCAAAGGAAGUAUAAAGCUGAUUUCAAGAGUGAAAACGAGGAGAAGGAAAAGAUCCAGAAACAGCUGGAUGAAUUAAAACAAGAAUGUGAACGUCUCAGACGUGAAAAUCAAUCACACAUGGCGACUGUACGACAUUUUGAAAAUGAAGUCCGAAACCCAGCGCCAAUAGUCGUCGCUGACGGCGGUGAUCAUGGUGGAGUGAACGAGUCAACUGGUGGCACUCGACAAACAAAUGCGUCGAUCAAUCCACCCAAGGCAUCACCAACUCUGAUUGAAUGCCUGUGUUGCUCAAGAAGUUACACCUACUACCAGUUUUCUAGUCAUGUAAACGAAUGCAUGAAGGAGUAACUCCCAAGUCU